AUGUGUCUUUUAUGUCUCAUUCAUCUCCAAACCUUGUUAUUUUUCGUAAUGGAUAAGGGCGUGACUUGUGAGCAUCUCAAUAAACUUGUGGACGUCCUUGGGAAAGAAUUAUGGCAAUCAAAGGAGAACCUCGCAUGCUUCGACUGCGGUUGUCCUGGACCCAAUCUCUGGAUCUGCCUGCAACCUGACUGCCACCACAUAGGCUGCUCUGAAGUAAAAAAUGACCACAGCACAAUACACCAAAAGAAUUACCCACUGCAUUGCGUUCACAUGAACGUGUCCACGGAGCGAAUAUGGUGUUACCUGUGCGAAAAGGAAGUGCAUAUUCGGGCAGCCAUUGCACAUGCGACGAUGAGUCCAGACUCGACGUCGAUGGACACUUCAAUAAGUGGAAGACUGGGCAGUUUCGCCAUAAACGUGACGCCGGAUGACGACCUGGACCCUGAUGAUAUGGAUUAUGAAGACGAAACACGGCAUAGAGCAGGUUUAGUGGGUCUACAAAACAUGGGCAACACGUGCUACAUGAACGCGGCACUCCAAGCGUUAAGCAACACUCAGCCGUUCACGUCGUACUUCUUGGAGUGCGCCGCGGCCGUCGCAGUACUCGCCGGCGACAAGAAGCCAGGACUAAGCAGAGCAUACCAAAAAUUAAUUAAAGAAAUGUGGAGUAAGAAAACUAGAGGCUAUCUUGUACCUAGUGGUAUAUUAUACGGUAUACGAAAUGUAUAUCCAAUGUUUCGGGGCUAUCACCAGCACGAUACUCAGGAGUUCUUAAGGUGUUUUAUGGACCAGUUGCAUGAAGAGCUCAAAGAACCGGUGUGGGACACUACAUCAGAAGACAAGCUCGGUACUGAAGCUGAUGGAGAUCACCAGGAUAGCAGAAACAUUCACAUAAGACGCAGGGCCGCUUCAUCUGGGGCUAGUGACGCGCCGUAUUUUGCGAGGAUGAGGCGAAAGUCGCCGGCAGCAUCUUCCUACAGCGAGGCGAGAGCGGACGGCUAUCUUAGGGUGCAAUCAAACACAGAGGGUGGAGUAGGCCAUAGACAUAAACGGUCUGCCAGUUUCGCUGGCACUCACCAUCUCACCUAUAACGUGCCAACUCAUCAAAUGAAUGGUAUGGAUCCAGCGCAGCGCGACAUAGGCUCUGAGUCUGAACUGUCGUGUUCGAGUGAAGCCGAGGAGAAAUAUGAAACUUGUUCGAGUGGAGCCAGCGACGCACCGGAACCACGCUUAGAACCCACCGAAAGCAAGCCGGCAUGUGGCGGUGGAGACGGAGGUUGUGGUGGCAUUCGUUACCGCAGCAUAGUGUCGGACGUGUUUGAUGGGAAACUGUUAUCCUCGGUGCAGUGCCUCAUUUGUGACAGGGUGUCAACGCGUGUCGAAACUUUCCAAGACCUCUCGCUUCCUAUCCCUUCGCGAGAACACCUGGCAGUGUUACGAUGUCAACAACCUAUAUUGAACCAUUACACUCCAAAUGGAUCGCAAGAGUCAUGGGUGUGGUGGUUGCUGAGUUGGCUGAGAUCGUGGUUCUACGGGCCAGUAGUAUCGUUACAAGACUGUCUCGCCGCUUUCUUCAGCGCUGACGAGCUUAAAGGCGAUAAUAUGUACAGUUGUUCCCGAUGCAACAAAUUACGUAACGGUGUCAAGAUGUCUGGCGUUGUUCGGCUGCCCGAAGUGUUAUGCGUACAUUUAAAACGGUUUCGCCAUGAACUGAUGUUUAGUGCUAAAGUGGGGGCCAGGGUGUCCUUUCCUAUUCAAGACUUGAAUAUGGCGCCAUACACACAUAAAGAAUGCACGUCGCGAGUGACACGGUAUGCGCUGUGCGCGGUGAUCUGCCACGCGGGUACGGCUGGCGGCGGCCACUAUACGUGCGUGGCGCGUAGUGGCAGCGGUGGCAGUGGUGGCGGCGGUGGCGGCUGGCACUGCUUCGACGACGCGGCCGUCACACCCGUGCCAUCGCACCACCUCGCCUCCUGCGAGGCCUACGUUCUUUUCUACAGAAAAGUCAAUCCCCAGAUGACGGUGCUGAGACAAAAGGCGGCGGAAAUAUUGGAAUCGACGAAUGUGGAGCCUAACGACAUCAAAUUUUAUAUCUCCAAACAGUGGCUGAAUAAAUUCAAUACAUGGGCGGAACCUGGACCUAUCGAUAAUGGCGACUUCGUAUGUGUACACGGUGGCAUCCGGCCCGAGAGAGCUUCGCAGCUUUCCGCCCUGGCCGCCGUACUGCCUCAGCCGCUGUGGCAGUUUUUGCAUUGCCAGUAUGUAGAUUCUAACCAGAAUGGUAUAAAGUACUUUUUCAUUUCUUUUACAGGUUUACUUGCAAAUUUUAUACGUAGUUAA